AGCUACACCCACAAAACAGUCUACAUGUCCACACCGUCUAACAUUCUUAGUGUUACAUAGGAUAACGCUCAUAAUGGAUGGUUGGAUUUGCAGAAAUUGUUUCUUAUCAUGCCUGAUCCUUAUAGUUUCAGAAUUUCAAAUCAUCGAAUCGUCAAGACUUGGACAUUAUAGAUGCUCAUGGCACUUUGGCUCACCACCACCGACAAGUAGAUCCGACAUUACCACAUCUACAUACGGUACAAACCAGCCUGCGUGUAGCUCUGUUGACAACUCCAGAAUUACAGAGUAUGUCAACAAUUGCUCCAGUCAAAAUUAUGUUCCUUUACUGGCCUGCAGGGAAGACGGAACAUGGAAUUGCCAGUCUUUCAUUGCAAUGUGUAAAACCCUGAUACACACGGAUACCAUAUUACCGAACAACAAACAUGGGCCUGCAUCCUCGCCAGAGACACAUAAACAAGACUCGGGACCUUCUCUGCCUGAUCUACAAAAAGGUACUGAACCAAGUGCUGAUGCUGAUGCGAAGAUGUUCAACCCAGAUGAGAAUUAUUUCACCAUGAAAGAAAUGGCGAUUGCCGUGCUUGUAUCGUUUAUCACCGGAGCUACCAUGUUAGCCAUUGUCAUAUGUGUCGUCUGGCGCUGCAGACAUAGUCACUUGAGUUCUGAGCAAGCGAUGGAAGCUGCUCAUCAGAGUGCCAAAAGGCUUGCUGCUCUACAUGCAAUCACACAUAUUGCUCAUGCCAUCGGUGGCGGUCAAGAAACUUUGCAAUCCUGUCAUUUUGCAAACCCUCAAUAUGGACAAAUUAUAGCAUCCAGGGAUAUUCUUGGCGAUGCAUUAAUGGAACAUGACCGAGUAUAUGAAGAGAUUUUCACAAGGCGAAAGUCAAGCUGCAAAGGUCAAGAAUGCAUUUAUGCAAAUGUUGAUAAAACGAAGAAGAAAACUCCAACUAUGAGGAAAAAUAGGUCUUCAGGCGACCUAAGAACCAUAGACGAAAGCGCGGAAGAAUCUGAUUUCGGUUAUGAGGCUGACAACAACGCGACACCGCAAGUACCAAGAAGAAAAAUAAACAACUGGGGAAAUAUGAUAAAUAAUAACAAAAGAAGUCCUGCACUGAAUGCACGCCGACUUAAUGACAAUGCUGUGAAUGAUGAUUUACUGUGGAAAUCAUACAUGAACGAUGUGAGCAACAAUUCUGGUAAAGAACAAGUAGGACCUGCAAAUAGUCAAGCUGGAGUUAAUGCUGAAGAUGAAAUAAGCAAGGACGAAGUGAGCAAAUGUGACUCCGGUUACAUUGAGGAGAUCAGUGAAACUGGACACGAGACAGUCAAGGUUGGCGACGACAAAGGUGCCGAUAUAAAAGAUUGGGAUGACACAGGUGCCGGAAAAAGAAAACAAUCAUUGCGUUUGUAACAGUUUCAGUAUCUUCUGAUUUACUGGUAUCAUCUUAAAUAAUAGAUAUUAAUUCAUUGAUAAGCAUAGUGACUGAUUUGUAUAUAAUUUAUUUAUCUUUUUUUCCAAACUGUCUGGUAAAGGUAUUUAGAAGAA